AUGGGGUUGUGUUUUGGUUGUGUGUGGGGGUUGGUGAGGGGGGGGGUUAGUUUGUCGUUAGCGGUGGGUGGGUGUUUGGGUGGGGGUUGGUUGUCGGUAGGUUGGUGGGUCCGUUGUGGUGUCGUGAUUUGUUGUGUGGUUUGUGGUUUCGUUGUCAGUUGUGUUUUGGGGUGUUUUGUGGUGAGGUUGUUGUUGGUGUUGGGGGUGGUGUGGAGGGGUUGGAGGAUUGAGCCGUGGGUGGACUUUGGGUGUGUUUUUGUGGGAUGGUUUUGUUGGUGGGUGAUUGUAGACGUAGUGGUGUUUUGGGUGGUUGGUGGUUGUGGUUGUUCGUGUCGGGUUUUUUGUUUGGUGGUGGGGUGGUGUUGGUUGGUUAGUUGGGUUGAGGUUUGGGUGUGGUUUUAUGUGGUUGGUGUAGGUUCUGUAGUGGUUGGUUGCGUGAAUAGGUGCUUGGGUGGGGUGUUGUGUUGUGGUUUGUGUUGGCUGGUUUGGUUGUCUUGUGUGGGUGUUAGGGUUAUGUUCCGGGUGUGUAGGGUGGUCCUCAGUGUGUGGUGUGUUCGGGUGAAUGGGUGUGGUGUGAGUGGUGGGGUGUUGGUUGUGUUAGGUUUUUGGGGUGGGGUGUUUGUGUUGGUUGUUUGGGGUGUGGGUUGGUGUAGGUUUGUGGUUGUGUGGUGGUUGGUGAGGUGUCGGUUUGAGUGUUGUUGUUGUUCGGGUGGGGGUUGGGUGUUGUUGUUUAACGGUUUUGGGUUGGUGUGUGGGGUUGUCCAUGGUCGGUGGUUUUGUAGCAUGUUGGGUGUUGUCUGCGUUUCGUUGGGGUUGUUGUUGGUUGUGGUGGUGGGUGUGUUGUUGUGGGGUUUUUGGUGUGGGUUUGGUUUUUCGUGGAUUGUGGAAGUUGUUGUUUGUUGUGGGGUCGGGAAGGGUGUGAGUGGUUGGUUGGUCUGUUUGGUAGGAUGUGUGGUUGUUGAGGUGUUGUGUGUGUGUGUGUUCGGGGGGUUUAGUAUUGUGGUUGGUGGAGUGGUGUAUUUUGUAAGCUGUGUGGUGUGGUUUGGAGUGGUUUUUUGUUUUGGGGGGUGUAUGUGCUCUGCGUUGUGUGUUCGGGUUGUGGUUGAGGAGUGGGUUGGUUGGUGGUGGGCUGUUAUUGGUGUUGGGGUUGGCGGUGUGUGUUUUAUCGUGCUUGGUUGUGGAGGUGGGAUCUGUUUCGGUGGUUUGGUUGUGGGUGUUGAGUGUGGUAAUUUGAGUGGUCUGUGUUGGGGGAGGGGUAUUUGUUGGUUGGUGUGGCUUGUUUGUGUGUUGGGUCUGUUUGGUUUCUCUGUGUUGGUGUCUGGGGUUUGGUGGGUGCUGCUGUUCUCUCUGUUGGGGUUAUUGUGGGGGGGUGGGUGGUAG